GCCAGCCGAUCAGUUGACAAAAACGCUUGAAGCAAGCAACAUCGUAACGCUUAUUUUAUUUUUCCACAAGUUGUGAAUAAACAGCCGUCUAUUUUUGUUAGUAGUGGCAAAAUUGUUGAUAGCAAAUUCAAUACAAAUUUUAUUUAAUUAAAAAUUUAGAUAAGAUUGUGUCAAAAAAAAAAACAAGAAAAGGGAAACAAAAAUUUGGACCCCCCUUACCAGUGAUUAGCAUAACAAGUUGACGAUAUUUUCGAAACUUGACUUGAAUUCCAAAAUUGUAUUUCUGUGCAAAAUAAAGUAAACACGCGUUUGCGGGAUUUUAUUUGAAAGAAAUUUGAAAUCCAAAGAAGAAAAGCGAAAAAACAUCAUCAUGACCGGCUCCAGUGCAAGUGACAGCUCCUGCCUUAUUGCCAAGUCCAAGACUAAUGGCACUGAAAUGAAUGGCAAUACUACCCGCAAUACCUAUACGGCCAUUGAGAAUAAUACAUCAUCAGAAUCGGCAGCUACAACAACGUCAAGAAUGCAAAAACAAUUAUCACAAGUCGAAAUGGUGAUGAAUGAAGAAAAAAAUAAUAAUACUACAAAUAAAACAAAUACGGCAAAUAUUGACACGAGCAAAAUUGAAGCGGAAAUAUGCGAAAAAUAUUCCUAUGAAGUCAUUAAAGAUAUUGCCGAUUACUUAUUGGAUCGCACCACAAUUCGUCCCCUGAUUGGCAUUAUUUGUGGCUCCGGUUUGAAUUCCAUUGCCGACAUGAUUACCGAUACCAAAGUCUUUGAAUAUGAGGAUAUACCCAAUUUCCCAGUGUCCACGGUGGAGGGCCAUGUUGGCCGCAUGAUUUUUGGUUAUUUGGAGAAUAUGCCCGUCAUGGCCAUGCAGGGACGUUUCCAUUACUAUGAGGGCUAUCCAUUGGCCAAAUGUUCGAUGCCGGUGCGUGUCAUGAAAUUGGUUGGUGUACGUUACCUUAUGGCCACCAAUGCUGCUGGAGGUCUUAACAGCAAAUUCAAGGUUGGUGACAUUAUGCUGGUGCGUGAUCACAUCAACAUUAUGGGUUUUGCCGGCAACUCACCCCUGCAGGGGCCCAAUGAUCCUCGUUUCGGACCCCGCUUCCCACCCAUGACCAAUGCCUACAAUGCCCAUUUGAUAAAAAUUGCCAAGCAGGUAGCCAAAGAUAUGGGCAUUGAGAAUGAAAUUCACGAGGGUGUCUACACCUGUUUGGGUGGACCGAACUAUGAGACUGUGGCCGAGCUGAGAAUGUUGCGCACCAUGGGCGUCGAUGCCGUGGGCAUGAGUACCGUUCAUGAAGUUAUCACCGCCCGUCACUGCGAUUUGACCGUCUUCGCCUUCAGUCUGAUCACCAACAAAUGUGCCACCGGCUAUGACAGCAGCGAAGAUGAGGCCAAUCACGAGGAAGUUGUCACUGUGGGUCGUUCCCGCCAGGCAGUCUGUGGUGAAUUGUUGUGCCGUGUCAUUCGUGAAAUUGCCAAAGAAUGCCCCAACAAGGCACAAGUCAAAUAAAUCUCAGGUCAAUACUUAGUUUAAGUUUAAACCAAACAAAUGUAAAUUAAUUAAUAAUCUUUUGAGUUUUGACUAGAACCCAUUUUUUUAAUAACUUUUUUAUUUAUAUUAUUUACAUGGAUUUUUCUUUUAAAUCUCAAUUUUAUUUUUCAAAAUUAUUUUUUUUAUUUUCACAAAAAUGAAAUGAAAAGUCGUAGAUUCCCCUGAUUACAGAAUUUCAUUUCGGUUUUAGAACCUAAGCAUAAUAUUCAACAUUUUUAGAUUAAGUGCAAUGUACGUAUAUAUGUAUUCAAUCAAUACUUAUGUAAGUCUAUAGAACAAUUAGCAUUAGUGUAUAUAAAUAAAUGAAACUUAACCAGUUUUGUAAAAAUACAUAUAUUUUUAUUAGAUUUAGUUAUAAAUAUUUUAAUAAAAACCAUAAAAGAUGGCAACUCUGAACUGAAGAGAGUUAAAACCAAAAA